AUGAAGUUUUUCUUUGUUGUUCUGCAUAUCUGUGUGAUGUACUUCAGUUUAGUUUUAGCCAACAACAUUCAAGAGGAAAAUUUAAAAAGGUAUCCUUACUUCAAUAUGUCUGACUCCCAAUCAAAUUGCCCGACUCUUCAGAAUGCAGAAUCACUAACACAGAAACAACUAAUUUUUCGUCUUACCUCACCUUGUCGCUAUGAUCGUUUCGAAAGGCCGUGCCAAGUGUUUGACAACAAAUGCUCGGCCGAUCAGCCAUUACAUAUUUAUGUGCGAAUUUAUGUAAAUGACAUAGAUAUAACAGACUCCAGUGAUUUACAGCUGAAAGUAUCUGGCUUUCUUCAACUUCGUUAUAAAGAUUUAAGAUUAGCAUUUGGAGUCUAUGCUCCAAAUCGUGUGCAGACAAUAUUUGGUGAUACUCAAUUAAAUGAACGCAUUUGGGUUCCACAUUUACUAUUAGCAAAUGAGCAAACCUCCAUCUUUCUCGGAACUGGUGAGAGGGAUGUUUAUACAAUUAUUAGGCCCGACGGAAUACUAAUCAUGUCAACUCGGAUACAAUCAUCAUUGUCUUGUGGGAUUGCUUUAAAUAAAUUUCCCUUCGACGACCAACAAUGUUAUGCCUUGAUUAAAAGUUGGAUUUACAAUUCCUCCGAGGUAAUAUUGCACUGGGAAGAUGAAGCUGCUAUUGUGUUUGAUCAAAAUAUACAGCUAACUCAUUACGCCUUACAAGAUAGUUGGAGUAAUGAAACUGUGGUUCAAAAUAGGAGGAGCGAGUCGCAUUUCUCUUUCAUCGGAGGCAAUUAUAGCACAAUCAGCUUCUCAGUUUACUUAACUCGGGACUCGCGAUUUUACACAAUGGCUUAUUUUCUACCUUCAAUGAUGCUUGUCGGAAUUUCUUGGGUUUCAUUUUGGCUUCAAGCAGACCAGACACCAGCACGAACCACCUUAGGUACAAGCACCAUGUUGUCGUUGUUUACAUUAACUUCAUACUAUGAGAAACAGUUUCAAAGCAUAAGUUACCCACAAUUUUUCGAAGUUUGGUUUUUUGGAUGCACGUUCUUUAUAUUUGGCAGCCUGAUUGAAUUCGCUUUUGUGAAUACAAUAUGGCGGAGGAACCAGGGCUUGAAAUUGAAGAAAGUAAACAGUAAAUAUAUUUUCAAAUCAACUUUAACCCCAAAAGUUAUUCCUCGAAAGAACAUAUACGAUUGCGAGACAGAUGGUAAUAUCAAUUUUUGUAAUGAAAAUAAUCGGGAGCUCCAAACAGGAGGCGAUGUCAAAAUGAAUGGCAUAAAUGCAAAUGGGACAUAUGAUGAAAAAUGGUCAACAAUGACACCCCAUGAGGCUUCACUUUGGAUCGAUCGCAAAGCAAGAUUUGUGUUUCCUUUAUCAUAUAUCAUAUUCAAUGCAAUUUAUUGGACGCUGAUUUUCUCGUUGUAA